AUGGCAGAACAGAUUUCUACUGAAUGUAAACCAUCGAUGACAGUAGAGACUAAAAAGGAAACAAUAAUAAACAUCAUGAAGAAGGUUUCAGAGAAAUGCCGAAAAGAAAAAGAUCGGGAUGAACUUAAUCAAACUGUAGCUGAACUGAAUGAGACAAAAGAAUUUGUUAAGGUGAACACAGGUUCGGAUAUCGUUGGUUGGUCUCUCGUUGGAACAGAUUUUGAACAAUUCAGUACUUUUUUACCUUGGUUGAAACAAUCGAAUGCUUUUAUUCGUUCACUUAAACACGGAUCUCAAGCUUAUACAGAGUGUCAUUUGCAGUUCAAGCACUUACUGUGGUCGCUCUUCUCGGGGUUCGAGCAUACUUCUGAUAAUGUGCACUGUAUAUCGAACUUCGUCACCUCAAAUAAUGCGAAAGCAAUUCAAGAUUAUAAAACAAUUCUGAAUGAAAACGAGCAGCGGGCUUAUAAAGAUGGAUCAUUCUUGGAACGCUUUAAGAUACUGGCUAAAAUAACAAAGAUUUGUCCUGUGCGUUUGGACCUGUUGUACGGUUUGCAUGAAGAUCUGAGCGGCGGUGAUGUGGAAAAUUCGUCAAAUAGUGACAGUUCAUACAGGUUGUCCGCAACAAUGAUGAUUGAUCGGCAUAGCACGAUAUAUUGUCGGUUGCGCGCACAUGCCGUGGAUAAAGAAUUCGGCACCUCAUGUUUAACGCGCCUAUAUGGAGAAGAAUCAUUUUUAAGAGUUAAAGUAGUUCGGACACCAACAAAUUUAGACACUGCGUGCCGUCUAGCAUUUGCUUGGGAAAUGCUUGACAACACCAAUUACGAUUUGAAAGUCAAUUCGGUUGCUCAUAACGUUUCGAUACUACUUCGUAUUAUGAGUGAUCUUCGCGACUCAACUAAUCAGUCGUCGGAGAUUGCUGGAAAACUUGAGAGUGAACAAAUGCAAAUAACAGCUAAUUGGCUGAACAAAAGAGCCGGAUAUACAUUAGCGGACUGGUCUACUUUGGAUUUUGACUCUAUCGAAGAACAAGCUCUUUUCCAUGAGAGAUCCGUUGCACUUGUUAAUGACGACAUUAUCGAUUCUUACAGUAUAGAUGUGAGCAAUUUGAAAAUAGCUGGCAAGACUUUUGAAUAUUUAACAACAACGAGCAGCGGAGUGCACAAAAGCAUGCAUAUCUACUCUGUCCUGUCUUAUGACAACGUGCUAAAGAAGAUGUUCACAGACAAAACUGUUCGUAAACACAAGGAAUAUGAACUAAAGCUGGCUCUUCGAAUGGGUUUGUGGUUUACUCCAUCGAUUAGUCUGAGCCUGGAAAAUGUCGAAGUGAACGAAAAAGAUGAUAUAGGAAAGCAUACCGAUGGUUGCGGUCGUGUAAGUAUUCCUGUAGCAAGAGAAAUGAGCGCAAGAUGGAAAGAAGGACGAAAAUACAAAAAUACCCCAUUUACCGCGCAAAAUGUUGGUCCCACGACAUGGAAUUCAAGUACAUUCCAGGAUAGUGAGAUUGAUUAUGACGAGAAUGUAGAACAACCGGAAUACUAUUCGGCAUUUCAAGUCCGUCUGGAUGGAUAUAAAGGCAUGCUAGUCGUCGAUGAACGUCUCGGCACGCAAAGAUGUAUUGAACCCUCCUUCAGCCAGAGCAAAUUCACUUCACCAGAAAUACACGAUCGUUGGAGUUACAAAAGUAUAGAGAUGGUACAAUGUUCACAGCCAAUGUUAGGGGCACGUCUUAAUCUAGCACUUAUUUCUUUGAUUGUCGCCUGUGCCAAAGAUCCCAUAGGCAUUGAAGAAUAUAUCAUUAGCUUAGCAGUGGAUGAUUUGAAAAAAUGGUUAAACGUACAAAAUAGAAGCGAUGCGAUUGAGUUUGCAAUAAAACACAACGAUCUGAAGUCAUUCAAUAUGCUAGGGACGGGCUGUUCGUUACUUGAGACAUUUCUGGCUGGAUACUAUCAGAAUUACGUGCGCCGUUUCAAGAUUCUUGUGAAGAAAUCGCGUCGUUUGUUUGGUGUCGCCGAUUUCUGGGGCGUAUUAGAGCCGGGAGAAGUUUUCGUACAAGUUUCGAAUCUUGAAGGAGACGCUUCUACUAGAUCAGAAUUCUUAGGGCCAACGGUGUUGGUCACGAAGGAACCGUGUUUUCAUCGCGGUGAUUUGCGCACAUUCACGAGUAUUACAAAGGAAGAUCUCAACAAAAGAAAAAAUGGUAAGUACCUUAUUGGACUAAAGGAUGUCAUUGUUUUCAGUUGCUGCGGAGAUGGACGGUCGGAACCAGAUAAAAUAUGUGGAAGUGAUCUCGAUGGUGAUCAAUACUUUGUUUGUUGGGAUGAAAACAUCGUUGGCAAACUUAGAAAUCCUCUAUUUGACGCUUUCGAAGUUAAUCCGGUUGACAGGGAAAGGAUCGAGAAAUUGCAAGCUGCUGCAGACGCAGAGAGAUUUGCAUAUGCAAAAAGGCACGAAAAACAAUCCGCUGACAAUGUAUACGAUGAAAGUACAAGUCCAGUUUCUACACUUACAUCUGAAGAAAUGAAAUUAUUAAAAUAUCAUGGACAAAACGAGGAAUGCGAUAAUGAUGUUAUAGAAGAAAGAAUAUAUCAAAGAGAAAAAUACAAAAAAUUACAUGAAACUUCAAACGCAAACGAAAUGGAAAAAGCAGAAGAACUUGAUAUUGACAUUGCACACAUCCGUAACAAUGCGGCAAUAAACGCAAUAAAUAUCACUGAACAUCCAGCUUUACUUUCACUGCAAGAUAUUUUUGACAUUCAUAUGAGAAUGGUAGACAACUUUAAAAGCGAAUGGACUUCAGAUGAAAAUUGGAAAUUGAUGGAACAAUUGUGCCAAGUUAUUUCUGUAGUUGUUGACGCAGCUAAGUCAAACGUGUUCACUUACAAAAAGCCUUUAUUGGAAGAUCUCUCUCUACUUCCUUUACCCAAAUAUCCUCAUUACGAUCCAUCAAAGAGAAAAAGCGAAUGCAAACAUUCGGAAUCGCCUCUCGGUCGAAUUUAUGAUAUUUUGCAAGAAGAAAUUCGAAAGAUUCUACCAGAUGUUAAUAAAACCGACCGAAAAAGUCCCGAUACAUUGUACGAUGAAAUCUGCGAAUUGAAACUAAGUUUUCUGUUCCAUUACACAACACAUCCACAGCAAACCGAUACAGAAGACAUUCUUUCAGAAACUCCAUUCGAUCGAAUGAUACCUCGUCUGCGUGUAGAGAACAUCUUGGAAUGGUAUCAGAAUGAAAUAGUACCGUUGGCGAUGUCGAACCUGUUGAAGAAAGAAGCAGCAUGUACGAUGCUUUGGAAAGUAAUCAUGCUGUCGAAUCUAAAAGCCAGAUCUCCUUCAAAAUUACAAAUUCUGUAUCUCGAUGAGCAGGAAAAUCUGACCGAUGUGAAGUGGGAAGAUAUCGUUAAUGGUAUUGAUGACGAGUAUCCGUUUUUAUGCAUCACAAGAGAUCUUUUCGAAGAUUUGCAACGAAUGUCGUCCGAACCUUUUCCCUUGUCGAACAUUUCUAGUAGAACCUUGGUUACAAUAGAACAAACUGACGUAACCUGGUUAAUCGAUCAUCUUAGUUUCCUCAUUGAAAAGUCAUUCUGGCGAGAUCUCAAAUUACCGUCUCUAGAUUGUGCGAGUUUGACGCGUAUGAUACACGAAGAAUCAGAAUUGAAUCCUGUUACAUUUAGUAAAAUUUAUAAUUUGUUUGAACUACAUUCCCAUAAAAGCCUUCAAAAACCCGUUGUUACCGGCUUGGCACAAGAUCCAUCUACACUGAAUAACAGUGAGGAUGAGGAUGUUGAUGAAAAAACUUGGUUUUCGCCGAAUCUUACAGAUAUUGAUGUAGUCAAACCGGACAAUCCUCCUGCUAAAGUGCUUUCAAAACUUCGUGACAGUCUCGGCUGUCUUCUACAUUUUCGCGAAACAUGGACAUCAACUCAGUCAGAAAAUUAUCGAUCGAUUCUUUGUGAAAAACUCACUGAAAUUUUGAUUCAUUAUAUUCAAAUGUACAAAUAUCUAACGAUUCUUCGAGAAGUUCACGAUAAUUUGGAAGAUUGCAACGCGAUCAAAGAUCUACCACGUUGUACUUGGGAUACGAAUCGUAUUGACUUGAGCAAACUUGAAGCAACCGAUAGACUGAUGCAAGAACUAUUUGAACUUUUUCUUGAAGAUUAG